AUGGGACUGUUUCACGAUGUUUGCGACGCCGCCCAAAAGAAUGGACUCAUGAUACCGUCGGCCACUUCAAUCGUCCGCACCGCAAAGUGUGCUUCUCCAGUCUCUUCAGGAGCCGUCGAUGCUCCAGUCGAGUUCGGAACAACUAAGUUCUAUGCGUUGUGUGCUCUCGGAGGAUCACUUUCGUGUGGACUAACUCAUUUUGCAAUCACUCCGUUGGAUAUCGUCAAGUGUCGUAUUCAGGUGAACAAAGAGAAGUAUGGAAGUAUGGUUCAAGGCUUCAAAGUGACCGUCGCUGAGGAUGGAAUGCGUGGUCUUGCUCGUGGAUGGGCUCCAACUUUCAUUGGAUAUUCCGCUCAAGGACUUGGGAAAUUUGGAUUCUACGAAGUCUUCAAGAACAUCUACAGCUCUGCUCUCUCCGAAGAAAACGCGUACAUCUGGAGAACUUCUGUCUAUCUCGCUGCCUCUGCUUCUGCUGAAUUCUUCGCCGACAUCUUCUUGGCACCAAUGGAAGCCGUCAAAGUGCGUAUGCAGACAUCUCCAACUGCUCCGCCAACUCUGCGUGCGUGUGCUCCAAUGAUCUACAAAACCGAGGGUCUCACUGGAUUCUUCAAGGGACUUCCACCACUUUGGACUCGCCAGAUUCCAUAUACCAUGAUGAAGUUCACUUGUUUCGAGAAAACCGUCGAGUUGCUCUAUCAAUACGUUGUCCCGAAACCACGUGCUCAAUGCUCGAAGGCAGAACAACUGGCAGUCACAUUCACUGCUGGAUACAUUGCUGGAGUGUUUUGUGCCGUCGUCUCUCAUCCACCAGAUGUUCUCGUUUCGAAAUUGAAUCAAGACGCGAAUGCAAGUGUCGGAAGUCUUGUGAAGAAACUCGGAUUCGCUGGAUUAUGGGGAGGACUUGGGCCAAGAAUUAUCAUGGUUGGAACACUGACUGCUCUUCAGUGGUUCAUUUAUGACUCCUUCAAGGUCGCCAUGAAUCUCCCUCGUCCACCACCACCUCAAAUGCCAGAAUCUCUGAAGAAGAAGCUUGGUAUCCCAGGAACAACUGAGGUCGCACCGGCUCCUACACUUGCUCCAGUUGCUCCAGUCAAGAAGGAGAAUGCUUCUGCUAAACCGGAGAAGGCUGAGAAGAAGGCGGAAAAGAAGCAAAAAGAGGAGAAGAAGGAGAAAAAAGCAAAGAAGGCCGAAGUGUAG